UCCAUAUCAUGUGAUUCAGGUGUCCCAAUCCCCUCCCAAUCAUGGGAUUCAGGUGUCCCAAUCCCCUCCAUAUCAUGUGAUUCAGGUGUUCCAAUCCCCUCCAUAUCAUGUGAUUCAGGUGUUCCAAUCCCCUCCAUAUCAUGUGAUUCAGGUGCUCUAAUCCCCACCAUAUCAUGUGAUUCAGGUGUUCCAAUCCCCUCCAAAUCAUGUGAUUCAGGUGUUCCAAUCCCCUCCAAAUCAUAUGAUUCAGGUGUUCCAAUCCCCUCCAUAUUAUGUGAUUCAGGUGCUCCAAUCCCCUCCCAAUCAUGUGAUUCAGGUGUUCCAAUCCCCUCCAUAUCAUGUGAUUCAGGUGCUCCAAUCCCCACCCAAUCAUGUGAUUCAGGUGUUCCAAUCCCC